GCUGGCUCCGGAAUAGGCCGGUGUUGGUAUUUUAGAACAGAUGGCAUUUUCUCACUGUGCAUUGUCAAAGGAGUAAUGAGCAAUGGCAUUCCGUCUACUGUCACGUCAAAAUCUGAGGAAGUUGUCCUCUUCUUUCACUCUCCUUAAUCCAUCCCAAAAGAUACUACUUUCACCUUCCCUUCCAGCUCUCAGAAGUGAUGUUAUUUCUCCUGGCAAAUACUUAAGCCCCUUUUACCCGUUUGGGAAUUCAUGGGGUGCUCGAUGGGCUAGCUAUGAGUCAGUGAAUCUUGUUUUGUCAGACGAUGGAAAACCUAAGUUUGAGAUUGAAGAGGUGGAGCCCUCCAAGAAGGGGAGGUAUCAGACAAAGAGGCGUUUGAAGCUUCAGAGAAAACGGGAGAAGAAGAAGCGGAAGGAAGCCAAUAAGAAUGAUCCACGGCGUAUCAGACCCAAGGGCAAAAAAAUAAAACAGAAAUUUCCUACAGCUGAAGCUCGGCUCAAAUACAAGAUCGAGAAGGCCAGAUUAAAAGAAGCUAUACUGGUUGAGAAAUUAAAGAGGUAUGAAGUUGCGAAAGCUCAAGGCCCUGCCUCUAAACCAGAGGAUCUCAAUGGCGAGGAAAGAUUUUAUUUGAAGAAAGUUUCACAGAAAAAGUCAAAUUAUGUCCCAAUUGGAAGGCGGGGUGUUUUUGGGGGUGUAAUUCUGAACAUGCAUUUGCAUUGGAAGAAACAUGAGACUGUCAAGGUUAUCUGUAAGCCUUGCAAACCAGGGCAAAUUCAGGAGUAUGCAAGUGAGAUUGCUCGACUGAGUGGUGGUGUUCCUAUUAAUGUUGUUGGAAAUGAUACCAUAGUCUUCUACCGAGGAAAGGACUAUGUUCAGCCAGAGGUCAUGUCACCAAUUGAUACACUGUCAAAGAAAAAGGCACUUGAAAAAUCAAAAUACGAACAAUCGCUGGAGACAGUUCGACGUUUCAUUGCAGUAUCUGAAAAGGAGCUCGAACUAUACUAUCGGCAUGUUGCACUUUAUGGAAAACCAGAAUCCGAGAAUACUGAUCUGGUUCAUGGUGAUGGAAGGGAAGCUUCUUCACUAGAAAUGGAGGAGUUAAAACAUUGUGGAAAGGACCAAGGGCCUCAUCUGGCUGGUAAAGAUUUCUCUGAUAUUGACACAAUGGAUACAUCCGAGUCUGAUGAAGAAUAUGAUUCUAGUAGUGAAUCUGAUGUCAAUGAUGUUGCGACUGGAGAUGCUAUAGAAAGUUCUGAGGACACUGAUGUUUUGGAUCAUCGGGUGUUGUAGGGGGGUGAACUGCAGUUACCAGUCGUGGGACUCCUCAUAACAUCAAAUUUCUUCGAAGUGAGCCACCAGUUCUUAAGACGAUGUUAAUGUGCUAUGAGUAUGGGUGCCAGUGGGGCAUGACUGGCCCAUAAGCUGAUGUCCUGCCAUGCAAACCAAACUCACUAAAUGUCACUGGGUACCAUAUUUUUAUAGAAGGCAGACCGGCUACAUUUUCUCAUGUUGCUCUGACUGCUUUGUCCAGGGGGCAUCCCACCAUUACAUGGAACCCUUAAUGGUGGUGCCGCCAGUUCCAUGGCCUUCCUCAGCCAGCGGCACCAUCACCACCUCUGUUGCUAGCAUCCUCUACAAUGCAUCAUGUGCUGUUUGCCAUCAGCAAAGUAGCCAAUUGUGUGAGCAACUGCCAUCAGCAUAGUUCAUAGUAGCCAAGAGAGCUUAGAUUUUGACCACCUUUUUUCAGUUAGGUCCUGUAAAUUUAAUGUUGUGUACUGUACGCUAACAUUGAAACGAUAUUAAUUUGCUGGAUCCAAAGCUUAAUCAGAAUAUGCGCUUGACCUUUUACUGUCAACCUC